CAUACAGAAGCACAUGAACUUAUGUUUGCUGCAGAGUGUCUUAGGACAGAGUUCUCUCACAGCUUGGUUCCUCUUCUCCCCUUCUUCCUAUUUCUUUCCUUCCUCCUUUGAGUUCCCUCUUUAUAGUAUUUGCAUAUCGUGCUGAAUAGGUUCAGACACUACAAUUCUUAUCUUCUUGUUUUAAGAUAUUGAAUCUCUGUAUGUGGCCCGAGUGAUUCCGUGUUGUGGUUUCUCAUUCUCAUGUGGGACAUCACAUCUGGAAAUCUCUCUUCUCAUAUAUAAUUGUGUGAUAUGACAAUUUAUUGCCGUGUUGGUUCUCACAUACCACGAGUUUUGGGCAGGAGACAAGGUGCGUUUUCUGAGUGAGGCAGGUCUCUUCUUGAUAUGGCUUCAGAAAUCACCUAUGCAGAAGUGAAGUUCAAGAAUGAAUCCAAAUCCUCAGGCACCUACUCAGAUUCUGCUACAGCUCCCAAAGUGAAGCCCACCCCUCAUCUAAGUAAGUCUGGCCGCCCCUCGCUGCUCUUCACAUCACUGAUGGCACUUUUCCUGCUGUUGGCCAUCACAUUCUUGGCUGCUUUUAUCUUUUAUUUUCAAAAAUACUCUCAACUUUUUGAAGAAAAAAAAGCUGUAAAUUUAACUCACAAAGUUAUAACUCACAAAGAAUUGACCUGCAAAAAAGACUAUCCACCAACAUCUGUCUGGAGCUGUUGCCCAAAGGAUUGGAAGCCAUUUAGUUCCCACUGCUACUACAUUUCCACUGAUGCGGCAUCUUGGAGUAAGAGUGAGGAGAAGUGCUCCAGAAUGGGUGCUCAUCUGAUGGUGAUCCACAGCCAGGAAGAGCAGGAUUUCAUCACCAAGAUCCUGGAUCCUAAAGCUGCUUAUUAUAUUGGUCUUUUGGAUCCAAGUCAUCGACAGUGGCGCUGGGUUGAUCAGACACCAUACAAUGAAAGUGCCACGUUCUGGCACCGCGGUGAGCCCAGCAGUGGCAACGAACAAUGUGUUAUAAUAAAUCAUCGAGAUUCUGGUUGGGGCUGGAAUGACGCCCUUUGUAGUGGUGAACAGAAGUUAGUUUGUCAGAUGAAGAAAAUAUACUUAUGAAUCAAUCAUUAUUCAUGAACAUGGGAUUGCAUUUUUAUCAACCAUUACACGGAGACUUGGAAAGAUCUUCUUGAGAAGAGAUGUCCAUAGAAAUUUAGGUAGGCAGCCAAAAGUUUUACAUAUGAUAAUACUGGUUCACAUAUAUAGUUAUACUUAUUUAUUCAUCCUUUACUCUUUAUAUAAUGAGAAUUUCCCAUAUGCCAGAGACUCUACAGGAUCUCUUUGUGCAUAUGUAGAAGCACUCCAGCUUCUCUGUCCAUUCUUAGAUUCCUAAAGUCUUAUUUGAUUAUAGAAUUGUAUGGUGUGUUCCCUCUACCCAUCUGUCUCUCUCUUUGUUCCUCUGUCUUUGGAUUUAUUCAUGUAUAAUUGACAAAUAAAUCAUGUAUAUUUACAUUACACUGUCUUGACAUGUAUUAUUCAAUGGCUACCACAACAACACCCUCUAUUACCUAACAUAGUUGUCUGUUUUGUGUGUGGUGUUAGAAAAUUUAGAUCUUCUUUAGCAAAUUCAAACAGACAGAGUGACAUUGUUACCAUUGACACCUUGAAAUUGUAACUGCUUACUCAUAUUUUCUCUGGCAGUUUGUGCCCUUCCAUCAGCAUUUUCUCAUGUCCCCCAAUACCUGCACUACCAGGAACCAUUCAGGAUCUUGGUCCCCAUGGCUAGUGUGUCAGGUGCUGUGGGUGCCGUGAGGCUGAUGUGGGCCUCUAAUGGUGGCUGAUCCUGGGCUGGGUGACCUUCCUCAGAGCAAGUCUAAGAAGAUGAUAGCCAACCUUCUACUGGCACCGCCUGUUGUUCUCGGUGUCCCAUCCUGUGCCUGCCGCAUUAGGGACAGCCUCUGCCCUGUGGAUGGACAUUGAGGAGAGCCACAUGUCCCAUGGAGCCUGCAUGCUGCUUAACACUUUGGAAGCCUUUUCAACUUCUUAUCAUGAAUAUUUUGAAACAGAAGUUGACUGGCUGGUAUCAUCAAUACCCAUAUAAUUACCAUGUAUAGUAAUGAUUGUUGACAUUUUGAUAAUUUGAUAUAUAUAUAUAUUUGUGUAUGUAUAUAUGCACAUGAUAUUUGAUAGGGCACUUGAUAGCUAGUUUGGUACAUAACACUUCAGUCAAUAUUUCAAUAUAUAUCAUCUAAAAUUGUCAUUGCACAACAAAACAAUACCACUAUCACUCUUAGAAAAUUUAACAAUUAUUUUCUCAUAUG